GGCAGUAAGACAGGUUUGCUGUAAUCCAAAAAUUGAACAAGCAAAAGCAUGGGUUUCGAUAAAAGAGACGUGUGUUUAGCCAAAGACGUCCUUCAUUUUGUUAGAGAGAAAGUCAACAAUCGGGAUAAUUGCGUAUUCGAUGUACUUAUUGCAAGCAUAUGGCUUACAUUCCACUCUCUAGAUGGAAAUUUGUCAGGACCACACUUGAAGGACUUAAUAGUUCUAGAUAAGCAAAUACAAACAUUAAAUAGUGAUAGUGUUUAUGAAAAUAAUUCAACAGAGACUAAGAAUAAAAUAGUUGAUGAAAUAGUAAACACUGGUCAACAGGAUGACAAAAAUAAAAUACUUUACAACGAAGAUGCUGGUAGAAAUUUUGAUGAGAACUCUGAAGAUAAAAUUGGAGGAUUAAAAGACAAAAAGCCUGAAAGCAGUUUCCAUAAACAAGAUAUUCAAGAUAAUUUUAGGCCAGGUGUUCAACAGUUAAAUGUAGCCAAAGAAGCUAAUGAGAAAAAAGGUGAAAUUGUAAGUGUUGACACUGAUGAUGAUGAUGAUGUUAUCAUAAUUGAAAAUGAUGUUGUUACAAUUCAGAUUGAUGAUGAUUUUGAUGAGGAUACUGGCAAAAACAAAGAAUCAGUAGAUAAGCAUGACAUCAUAGAAUUAAAUGAUCUACCAUUUUACUCAGUUGAAGGUAAUGAGUCUGCUGAUUCAAACAAAGCAGAAGGUUUGAUGUAUGAUGAAGAACACGAACAUACUGAAAACAAGAAUAAUGCUUAUAAUAAAUGUAUUGACAGAAGAGAAUCUAAUGGAGCUUCUGGGUUAAAAAUUACAAACGUAAGAGGCAGUUUGAAAUUGUCCGAAUGCUCAGUGGACAUAAUAAGAGACUCAGAACAAAUUCAAGAUUGUCAAGAUGAUAUUGUUGUGUCUGAUGUUGCUGAUAAUGAGUUUCUAGGUCAAGAGCCUUCUGAAAAUGAAGAACAACAGGACAUUUAUAGAUCAAAAAGAUCAAAUAGCCGAUCAUUACAACUGACACCAGAAGCAGAUCAUAAAAUAGUGGCCACAGAGAAACCUACCGACCAGGCAAAACCAAUAAUGAUUAUGUCAAAUAUUUUCAAUAGGGAAACACAGUCUAGUCAGUGGUGUGAGGGUGAUAAUUUUGUUGUUACACCUCAAAACUAUGAAAUACUGUUGGAGAACGAUGCAGAUGAAAGCCUUUAUUAUUCUGAGAAUACUCAAUUUGAACCAGCUUCCCACUAUUCAGAUCAAAUGUGUAUCAGCCAGGACAAUUUGUGUUUUACUUUGAGUACAGAUGUACCAACUACAAGCUCGUUCUCUUAUCCUAGGUUUUCUUUUCUGACUGGUGCUACAUACUUACCUUCAGGUCAAAACUCUAGGAAUAUUGAAAAUAGAAGAGGAGAGUAUGUGUUAAGUGGGAAUGAUAUGGUUCAAGGAGAGCCCAGUAACUCUACAGAUAUGAAACAAACAUCUCUCUUAAUUGAUGGACCAAAAUCUAAAAAAGUAAAAGUAAUUCAUCCUUUUAAGUGUCCUCUGUCUGUCACAGGGAAUCAUUCUGUAAAAGGAGUUAAGUAUGUGAGAGGUUAUCAGUCUGUGAAAGGAAAUCAUUCGGUAAAAGGAAAUCAAUCAGUGAAACUGAAAGGAAACAAGUCUGUAAAAGGAAAUCAGACUGAGAAGAUAAAUGGAAACAAGUCUGUAGAACUGAAAGGAAAGCAGUCUGUGAAAGGAAAUCUGCAUGUGAAAGGUAUUCAGUCUAAAUCAAGAAACUUGUUGACAAAAAAAUCAUAUUCUGUUAAGACAACUCAAAGCACAAAUAAAUCACAGAAUACUAAAGGAAGUUGUAUUAAGGACAGAGGAGUGACAGCAAUGUCAUAUGUAGGAAAGGCUAAAGUGGUAAAAAAGACAAUGUUUAUUAAAGAAGAAAAUCUGAAAAGUUCAAAAAAUGCUAAGUUAGAGGAGGAAAAAACAAGGCUUACUCGUUUAAGAAGUUUGAGACAGUAUGAUUUCAAAUCAUUAGACAAAACAAAUACAGAAGACAUCAAAGAUGUAAAGCAGGCAUAUAAGGCAACCAAGAUGAAAAAACAAUGUUUAAGAAAGAGAUAAUUCUGAAGAGUUAGAACAAUUUUUGCUGUAUAUUGAGUGACAGUGAUGAAUAAGCUGGUCAAGUGUAAAAAGCAUGUUUAUGGGUAGGGUAAAUGUUGUCAUCAAUGUUGACAGUCUAUAUGAACUACGUAAAUAACUGAGGUAUACGGAGUGAAAAACUCAGGUUGUUUCGCUUAUCUUUGAGUAAAAUGGAUAUCUCUAAUGCUAAAACAAUACAAAUUUUGCAAAUUUCAAACCGCUAGUUUGGGGUGAUAUAAUGUCCGAUUUUUAGCUCACCUGAGGACAAUGUCCUGAAGGUGAGCUUUUGUGAUGGCCCAUUCGUCCAUUGGUCUGCUAUUCUUGUCCGGGGCAUAAUUUUGAAACAAUAAGAGGUAUCAACAUGAAACUUUGUAGGUAGAUAGAUGUCAUUGAGUAGAAGUGCAGUGCAAAAGAACCAUUACUCUGUCUUACCUAAUUUUGGAGUUAUUGCUCUUUGCUCAUUUUUACACUUUGAUCUUUGUCCGGGACAUAACUCUAAAACUACAAGAGAUAUCAACAUGAAACUUUGUAGGUAGUUAGAUCUCAUUAGGCAAAAGAACCAUAACUCUUUUUUGCUUAAUUUUGGUGUUCAUUUUAACACUUUGAACUUUUUUUGUGACAUAAUUCUGACACUACAAGAAGUAUACCUUCCUGUGUCCAAAACCUAUUUGGGGAGCAUCAUCCGGUUCAACCGGUUCUUGUUUGAUGUUAACCAGCAGUCCAUCAAAAGCUAUAGAAGAUAAUAUUUGGGAUUUUGGUUAUUCUGAUUUUUCUUUCCUUCAUGUUUCUAAUUGAUUAAACAGUGAAGUGAAUAUUUUUUUUUGUUAUUGUCCCCACGCCUUUUCGAAGAAAAAAGGGGGAUAAAGAAAUAGGCUCUGUCCAUCUGUCCGAACCCAGAGGUACAUUUUAUUUGUACUAGUGUGACUUGGAGAACAAUGGGUAACAGUAAAUUCUCUUUGAUCCUAUUCAUUCAGUUUUUAUUUGUGUGUCUUUUUUUAGCUCACCUGAGCUUGCUCAGGGUGAGCUUUUAGGAUCGGUGAAUGUCCACCGUACGUCGUACGUCCACAAUUGCUUGUGAACACUCUAGCGGUCGCAUUUUUGCCUCAAUCAUCAUCAAACUUGGUCAGGAUGCUUAUCUAGUUGAAAGCUCGGAUGAGUUCGAACAUGGCUCAUCUUGGAUGAGUUCGAACAUGGCUCAUCUCGGAUGAAAAACUAGGUCACAAGAGCUAAAAAUAGAAAACCUUGUGAACACUCUAGAGGUCACAUUUUUGACCCAAUCAUCAUCAAACUUGGUCAGGAUGUUUGUCUAGGUGAUAGCUCGGAUGAGUUCGAAUAUGGGUCAUCUCGGAUGAAAAAGUAGGUCACAGGAGCUAUAAAUAGAAAAACCUUGUGAACGCUCUAGUGGUCACAUUUUUGAACCAAUCAUCAUCAAACUUGGUCAGAAUGUUUGUCUAGUCAAUUGCUUGGAUGAGUUCGAACAUGGGUCAUCUCUGAUGAAAAACUAGGUCACAGGAGCUAAAAAUAGAAAAACCUUGUGAACACUCUAGUGGUCACAUUUUUGACCCAAUCAUCAUCAAACUUUGUCAGGAUGCUUGUUUAGAUAAUAGCUCGGAGGAGUUCGAAUAUGGGUCAUCUCGGAUGAAAAACUAGGUCACUGGAGCUAUAAAUAGAAAAACCUUGUUAACACUCUAGCGGUCACAUUUUUGCAUCAAUCAUCAUCAAACUUGGUCAGGAUGCUUAUCUAGUUGAUAGCUUGAAUGAGUUCGAACAUGGGUCAUCUCGGAUGAAAAAGUAGGUCACUGGAGCUAAAAAUAGAAAAACCUUGUUAACACUCUAGCGGUCACAUUUUUGCAUCAAUCAUCAUCAAACUUGGUCAAGAU